AUGGAUUUCGUGGAAUUCGACACUUUCAAUGCAAGCGAUAAGGAUGUCAACUUACCUCAGCCACAACCGGCAUUGUCACUACCAAUAGCUUCAAACUUAGAAAGUUUCAGCAAAAAGUUUUCUGAGUUUAGUCUAUCAAGAAAUUUCACCUCCACCAAAAAUGAAAACACCAACACAACAGAUCUUGAGUCACAGGGGGAUGAUGUUAUGGACAAAUACGCCAAAAUCUCGUUGUCUCUAUUACAAGAUGAAGAGAACGUGACAAGCUCGGCUUCGGGAAAUCAAAGCAUUACCGAUUCUCUAAGUGUACGAUUGUCUAGAGUCUUGAAUGGUUCGAUUAGCGAUUCCCGAAUGAGAGAUAUCUUUACAAGUCUUGAAGGUAAGUUGGAUCACGAUGUGGAGCUCUACAAAGAGCUAGUUGAACCAGGGUUCAUGGGUACUGUGUCUAGGAAGAAACUAAGGGGUCGUGUUGAACGCGAAUUGAUAAAAACCCAGUCAAAUCUUUUAAAGGAGUAUCUGCCUAUUGUGAAACAAUUGAAACAUACAGAGGCCAAGUUAAAGAAACUAAAUGAACUAAACACACAGACUAAUGAACGGCUACAGAAAAACUUUCAGUUUCUGCACGAAUUCAACACCACUGUCAAUAAACUAUACAAGGAUAAGCAAUUGAUUGGAAUAAAAAAGGAUCUUUUGGAAGCAUUUAAAAACAAAUUCACAUUGAGUGAAUAUGAAGAAUAUGUUUUAUCGCAAGGAGACUUGAAUGAUGAAUUUUUCACUACUUUGGCCAAAGCAGAAGGCAUUGUGGAUAGCUGCUCAAUAUUGUUAGCUGAGGAUAACCCUCAAUUGGGUUUGAAAAUUUUUUCCAAAACAAAUGCCGUUAUCACUAAAGCUAUAGAGCGAGCUAUAAGUUAUUGUCAUCGGACUUUGGACAAUUUGUACUCACUAAAUUCCCAGAACCGGUUGAUUACGUUGCACAAAUGUUUUCUAUUGCUAAAGGAAAAAGAUGGGUUUGAUGAAAUAAUCGACAAAUUUAGCGACUCGAGAUCAAAGGACCUACUACAAGAGUUUUACAACCAAAUUCAAGGACAAAAUGAGUCACUGGCGACCGAGAGAAGACCUGGUGUGAGAAGUGCGGCAUCGAGUUUGAGCAGCACCGAUGUCAGGCCCUUGUUUUUGUCGGCACAUGAUCCGGUUCGCUUUGUAGGUGAUUUUCUUGCAUAUAUUCAUUCGAUUGCUGUCAAUGAAUCCGAAACAAUUACCGGUAUUUUCACCAUGGGUGAUGAUGAAGACCAUCAAUUUGACGCAAUUAUACAAAAUGUCACGAAUAAAAUUUUAAAGGCUUUGUCGAAACCUAUUAAGUCUAGAAUCGAACAAAUAAUAACAAGUGAGACUAAAUUGCUAACAAUUUUCCAGAUAUUCGAUUUGGUUGAACUAUACUCGAUGAUGUUUGAUAAACAAUUGCAUCAAUCCGAGGAUCUAGUUUCAACAAUGAAGCUAUUGGUUCAUGCAUGCCAGGAUCGAAUUUUUACCAUUGUUUCGAAUAAACUCGCCGCCAUCUCAUCGAGCAACCUGGCGAGGUUGGAAUUGAACUUGGAUUUGCAACCGCCCGAAUGGAUAAUAGACUUUUACUCGGAAAUAUUGCCAAUGGUUGAUCAAGUUACCGGUGAGACUAUCCUUCAAUUAUCGAAAGAAGAGAAUGACCGAUUCCUUACUUUAAUAAUCAACCAGCCAAUCAAAGUGUUUACCGAACAUGUGCAUGACAAUAAAAUCUUUUCCAAUCGUGACUCCAUCAUUAUUCGAUUCAACUUUUUAGAUUUAAUUCAAUCUAAAAUAAUGCCAAUUUCGCUACUCUCGGACAAAGUGUUGGAGCUCAAUGAUAUAAACAAUGAUUUGAUUUCCAAAUUGGCUGAGUUGGAACUCACAAGCUUACUUCAGAAUAGUGGGUUAUAUGAUUACUACAACAUCAUCAACAUGAUUUGUCCAUUUUCGGAUGACUUUUUCGAACCCUCAAUUUACGAGCCUAUCAAGGAAAACAAAUUGUAUACUUUGGAAAGCUUGCAAAAAGUAGAUGCAACGUUGCAGGCCUAUGUGCCUAAUGCAAUGAUUGAGAUUCAGCAACUGUUACUUCGACUAAACUCACCAGUAACUGUCACCGAUGUGGUAAACAAUGUGUUUUUAAAGUUUGUCAAGUUUGUUGAGAAAUUGAAUUCAAUCAACAGGGAAUACUUAGAGUACAGCUUCGCAUGGUCGGAUUACGAAUUGGCAACCAUGUUGGGUAUUGAUGAGGUUUAUAUAUCGUAUAAACAAAGCCUGGAAUAA